UCGCGGGGGCUAUUUGAUGCUAAUGCCGUACUCCACAGGAUGUUUUUGUGCUGGUCAAGGGCAGUCAGGUCUGGAGUGAACCUGGAUGAUGAGUUAAGUGUGAGUAGUAGGCCUAGGCCAAUACAUAGUGAUACAAAUGUGUGCUUCACUCAAGGUUGGCUUCUUCUUUAGCAUUCAUUGCCAUGGUUAACUGCACCGCAGAAUUGGAAUGUUUAAAAAAAAGAUGGUGGCAGCUGCAUUGAAAACACUUGGGUGUGUGAGGUUUUACUACAGAAGAGUUACAACACCGUUGGCCUGGUGUAGGAUCAGUUAGGGUCAAAUUAGUGGAAUGGGGUGUUGGUAUAUAGGUGUAGGGUUAGUUGGUGGUGCAAUGUUUUCCUUUAUUUUUGUUUAACAAAAUGUUACGUGAUCGACCACACACUAGGUGGCGGCAUGCACAAACAAAAUGUGUGAACGCCAUGACACCAAAGAAUAAGAAGUAAACGGACGUGAACAGUGAGUUUCCACGUUAGUGUUUUUAUAGUCGUUAUUUAGACGUUUAUUAACACACUGGAAAUCAAAAUAUGACGAAUUUAACUGCACAGAAUCACAUACUUAAUUCGCGUUGGAGACAGGACUUGAUAUUAUAUAGAUAACGAUAGCUAGCUGCUAACAAUGACUAACUGUAACGUUAUGGUUUUUCACACUCAAAUAGCCUCCAUCAUGGAGGUGCUAGCUAGUGCAGCCGUGGCAGAUGUAUGUAAACUUGUAGACGACGACUAUGCAGUGUUUCGUUUGGAAAUAACUCAAAGCCAGAAAGAAAACAGGGCAUUGCGGAGGAAACUACAGCUACUAGAAUUGAAGGUGGCACGGGAGCGUGCAGAGAGGACAAUGCAACAGCGCGUCGUCACCAGUCGUCCCAGAAUUGUCAAGAUUCCGGACCGAUACAAAGAAAUGGCAAGAGGUGAAGGACAUCUCACUGGAGGCCACAGGAGCUUUGUGAAGCCAGUGGGAGACAAUACAUGGACAGAUGACCAACCAAUCACUGUUGAUGAGGGGAGUGGAACCUCAACCCAGCAUGUUAUUGUGAUAGAGUCUGCAGAUGCCAAGGCUGCAGGUCCUGGGGUGAGAGGAGUGGACCCACAGCACAGCAGAGACAUCCAGACUGGUGCGGCUGUAGCAAUGGAGGACCCCGCCACCACCCCAGCGCAGCCCAGCUCCAGACACAGCAUCACGGAGGUCAGUGGAACGCGGAAUGCCAUCCUUAGGUCAGAGUCAGAGACUUUAACUGUGACACAAAGGCUUUUACACACAGGAUCUGACGACAGGUCAGACACAGAGAGACUGGGGAGACUGGGCUGUCUUCCUGCUCCCGGCUCAGAGUAUUUACUUUACGGUAACCGAAGCCUGGUUAAUUCCCAUCGGGACUCAGGUGAUGCGUUAGAAACUGGCAAUGAUCAAUCUUGUUCUUACGCUAUAGAGAUGGACCCUGGCAACAUAUCCUUAGAUUUAGAGACACAUGCUGAUCCGUCUAGAGGGGACUGGAACCGGUACAGUAGUAGUGUAUACUCUGAAGGGUGCAUAGAUAAGAAAGGAGAAGGUCUGGUCGCAGGUGAAUUGACUGUGAAAGUGGAGGGCGACGUUCCUCCCACAUGGAAUGCAGCUUGUGCAGGACUCUCACAGGGCAGAGAUUUCUUAGAUUACAGUUUAGAGACAAAUCUAAAUGUUGUGACCCACUCCCCUUUACACGUGCUCAGGGAUCGCGACCCAGUGUCCACGUCGAUUGCACCUUGCGAUUUACAAGGCCGUGUCCUUUUCGAUCAGGUAUUGAACUCAAACGACAGGGCUAGAGCCCAGACUCAGGGAGGGGGAGCCACAUUAGGCAAUAGUAAAGAGAAACGGUUCCUCUGCAUGUUCUGUAGCAAAGGUUUCAGCUGCACCCAGAAGGUAGAGAUCCACCAGAGGAUCCACACAGGGGUGAAACCCUUCAGCUGUACCCAGUGUCACAUGCGCUUUGCCCAGGCUGGCCACCUGAAGAGGCACCAGAGGGUCCACACAGGGGUGAAACCCUUCAGCUGUACCCAGUGUCAAAUGCGCUUCGCUCAGGCUGGUGACCUGAAGAGGCACCAGAGAGUCCACUCAGGGGAGAAACCCUUCAGCUGCCAGAUGUGUGAGAAGAGGUUCUCCCGCCAGCACCAGCUGAAGAUGCACCUGAAGGUCCACACAGGAGAGAGGGCAUUCUCCUGAAGGCAUAUAUAGAUUUGUGUUUAAUAUUUGAAUAUUAUAUUGCAUCCAAACAUUGUGUAAUAAGGCAUACAUAUAUAUGCGUGGAGUCAUGUAGUAACCCAAAAAGUGUUAAACAAAUCUAAAUAUAUUUUAUAUUUGAGAUUCUUCAAAGUAGCCACACAUGCCUUGAUGACAGCUUUGCACACUCUUGGCAUUCU